AUGUACUUACAUAACAUCACAGCUUCUUCAGAAGAGCAAAGCCCUCACAGAUCUGCCUUGUAUCCUCAACAUGGCCUUGGCAGAGAAGUGGAGGCCCAUAGGGAUCCGAUUCGAAAGGCGAAAGAACUGGAUAUUUUGAGAAAGCUAUACAAAUCACAAUACGAAGAUCGAAAAGAUCGAAAUCCAAUACGCACCGAAGGAACCUGCGAGUGGUUCGUCGCCCAUAGGCUAUUCAGAGAGUGGCAAGAGAACAAAGAGUCAACAACACUUUGGGUGUCUGCAGAUCCCGGCUGCGGAAAAUCCGUCCUAGCAAAGCACUUGAUAGAUUCUGUACUACCAAGUACGGCAUCCAGAACGACAUGUUACUUCUUCUUUAAAGACGACUUUGAAGACCAGAGGAGUGUCGUUAGUGCUCUUUGCUGUAUUUUACAUCAGCUUUUUAAGCAGAAUCGUACUCUACUGACUGAGGCUAUUCUUGAGCAAUUUGAAAUUUAUAUGGAAGAUAUCACGGGCUCGUUCAGCAAACUCUGGAGUACCCUUCUCAGCGCUGUCAAAGAUAACAAUGCUGGUGAAAUCGUGUGCAUACUAGAUGCAGUUGACGAAUGCGAAGAAUCUGGAAGAUCUCAGCUCGCCGAAGCCUUAUACGCACUCUAUCGCCACAAGAAAAACUCGAAAGACUCGAAUCUAAAGUUUCUCUUAACAAGUCGGCCUUACAUUUCCAUUCGCCAUGGUUUCAAGCGCCCAGAUAUCCCACAAUUGGCUGUUAUUCAUCUGAGCGGAGAGAAUGAUAUUGAGAUGGCAAAGAUUUCUCAAGAGAUUGAUAUUUUUAUUCAAUCUAAAGUUCAAUUAGUCAAAAAAAGGCUCAAACUUACCAAUAGUGAGCGGGACCUUUUGCUUCGAGAGCUGAUGCGCAUCCCUAACCGAACCUAUCUAUGGGUACAUCUCACUCUGGAUUUAAUUCAGGAUGAUCCCAAUCUUGAUGAAGUUGGAAUAUUUGGGGCGACUUCUCACCUCCCCAGAUCAGUUGAAGAGGCUUACGAGAGGAUACUAUCUCGAAGUCGCGAUCUGAAGGAAGCUAAGAAACUGCUGCACAUCGUGGUGGCAGCAUCGCGACCCUUAACUUUGAAGGAGAUGAACUUCGCUUUAGCGCUGAGAAACAACCACCGUUCGUACAACAACUUUAAAUUGAAAUCAGAAGAGCGAUUCCAGGAGAAUGUGCGAGAUCUUUGCGGCCUCUUCGUUGUGGUCGUCGAUUCAAAGAUCUACCUGCUCCAUCAAACUGCGAAGGAAUUUCUUGUACAGGAUGAUCAAACGAAUGCUAUUAAACGUACUAAUUUAGAUCUUGAAUGGAAACACUCGCUGCGGCCGCAAGAAUCUCAUGGCAUUCUCGCAGAGAUUUGCAUAAGGCAUCUACUCUUUGUUGAAUUCGAGGCUGAGUCUUUCUCCCCAAAUGCCAAGCAUACAUUUCUCGACUACUCUGCCAAACAUUGGACCACUCACCUCCGUGAGUCGCGGAUUGAUGUCAAAAAUAGUCCAUUCUCUAUAUCAAUAUUACGGCUCUGCGAUACAACCUCAAGCAGCUGUCUAUCUUGGCUUAGGAUUUACUGGAGCGGCACAAACACCGACUUUCCAGGCGAUUUCACUCCCCUUAUGACUGCAUCUUAUUUUGGGCUUACGGAAGUGAUGAAGUGCCUAUAUAAACUGGACAAUGCCGAAUUGAAUUUACAAGACGACACAUAUGGGCGGUCAGCACUGUCUUGGGCCGCAGGAAAUGGCUUUCACGGUGCUGUAAAGCUUUUAAUUAGUCGCUGGAGAGGUUUCAGGCUGCUAUCUAGGGUGGGGGCCCGAGUUGAUUCAGUUGACAGAGAUGGUCUAACACCACUAUCUCAUGCCAUUCUUAAUAGCCAUGUUGCUGCCGCUAAGCUAUUACUCAAGGCAGGGGCCCGCGUUGAUACAAAGGAUGGCAUUGGUGGGACGCCGCUCUCUUACGCCAUUUGCAAUGGACACGAGCAAAUAAUUAAGCUUAUGUUCAAGAAGAAAACCAACAUAAACACUGAGGAGGACAUAAGCACUCCAUUACUUCUGUCCGCUGCAGAGAAGGGUCGUGAGGAUAUAGUGAAGCUCCUACUUGACAGGGGACUGGUAGACCCCAACACUGUCAAUACGUACGGCCAGACGCCAUUAUCAUUGGCCAUCAUGAAUCAUCAUAUUACUGUCGCUAAACUCCUCAUCGAG